AUGGCGUCGAAAAGUAUUCCAAAUGCCGAUAAGAGCAGUCAUAUACCCAAAGCUAAGUUAUCCACUGUUGCUUCUGCCAUAGCAAAGUUUCAGGCUAACGACAAGGGAAAUGAUAAAGUCGAGAAAGUCCCUACGAGAAAUUUUGCCAGAAACGUUGUCAAAGACAAAAUAGAAGCUUCGAAAUCGCAAACACCAUCCAAAGACAAAAUAGAAGCUUCGAAAUCACAAACACCAUUCAAAGACAAAAUAGAAGCUUCGAAAUCACAAACACCACCCAAAGACAAAAUAGAAGCUUCGAAAUCACAAACACCAUCUAAAGACAAAAUAGAAGCUUCGAAAUCGCAAACAUCAUCCGCUACGGCUGCUCAAAUUGCCGCUUUAAAUUCUAGAAUACAAGCUUUGGAUUCGGAUCUCGAGAUUACCAAAACAAAAGAAACAACAACGAAUAAAUCAUCACCUUCCACUGUUGACAAUAAAUCCGAAACUCCUAUUAGCAACAUAGAAACUACUCUCCUUCAAUACAAAAAACAUACUCGAGAUAAUUCGGAUUCAAGUAAUCAACUUCGACUAUCUGAGAAUUCGCAAAGUACUGUUAGCACAACCCUUACAACUCCCAUUGAGAGUUCUGACCCAAAAUUUGAUUUACUGAACCCCAAUUCCAAGAAUGAUGAGAAGAUAAUUUCUUCUAUUGAGAAGAAGCACAAAGAAGAAUUGGUCAA